AUGCCUUUAACGGAUCAACAAUUACGUCAAGAAUUACUCAAUUACGGUGAAACUGUACCGCCAAUAACACAACGUAAUCGUGAACAACUUCGUGCUCGACUUGAACAAAUUCGAUUACGACCACGUUCACCUGCUAAGAGUUCACCGUCACGUUCUCGUGGAAAUACGUCUACAGCACGUUCACGUCCUGUGCACGGUCUUAUUGAAUUAAGCGACUCGGAAACAGAUACAUCAGCCAAUGAAUAUCUUUCAUCACGUCGGAGUGGACGAGAAACAAAUAUUCAAACGCGUUCUGUUGGAGUUGGCCGCGACACAGAUCGAACAAACUCAUUAUCAUCAUCAAAUGUGACUGUUGACGUAGAACAAUCUAUUGCUCGUCAUCGUCGUGAAAUUCAACAAUUAAUUGAUUCAGCGCGUGAUAGAGCUCGUGCUGCCAAUGCAAAUAUAUCUUCUAACAAAUAUGAACCAUUACCAUUACCAACAAAAUCUGCACCAUCAGUUCGACCAAACUUCGCAGUACCAUCUCGUGUGCCAUCAUCAUUUAAGACCGAUAUUAAAAAAUCUCCAAAACAACUAUCUCGGCUUGCUCGUACACGACAAACAGUUACAUUAUUUUGGACAAAUAAUAAAUAUGUUAUUACGAGCGUAUUCAAAGCAAUAUUCAUUGGUUUACUCAUAGCUGGCGGAGUUAUUUUUCUUAAAAAUAAUUUAAAUAGAAUUAUUCCGAAACCAAAAAAAAUAGCUUGUAAUAUUCAAAAUGCAAUCGACUGUGAUGAUAUGAUACCAGUAGUUAAUUCGAUAAAGAGAUAUCUUAAAAUUAGAACUGGUGAGGUCGAUUGUGGUUUUCGACAAAAAAAUGAGCUCUAUGUAACAAAACCAGAAAUUAAUAAAGUUUUAGAUGCAAAAGGAUUUAAAUUUGAAUCCAGUUCAGAUGAUCGAUGGAAAACAUUGAUUACUUACAUACUCGAAAAACCAGUUGAUGAUAUCUUAGUAAUCAAUAAUCAAAAUCAACCAGUAAGCGAAUUGAAUGCUGCGUACAAACUUACGACAACACAAGGAACCCACUCAUUCAUGUGCCGUGCUCGUAAAACUGUCAAUUCAGCAAUGCAACAUUUAGCUUGGCUAGUAUUAGGUACAACAGGUUUUCUAGCCUUGGGUUGGCUUAUUCGACGACGUUCAAAACAACGCGAAGAACGUGAAAAAACAUACAAAGAGUUCAUAGAAAAAAUUAUUAACUUACUUGAAGCUCAAUAUGAAGAACACCUACUUGAUUCUGAAGUAAAGCCAUGGUUAGCUGUAAGUCAUAUCCGUGAUAUGCUUAUUGAACCACAAGAUCGUAAACGCUUGAAAACUCUUUGGGAACAAGCAAGAAAACAAAUCAGUGAACACGAAUCACGUAUCCGCGCAGAAACACAAUUAAUUCAUGGUGAAGAAUUUGACGUUUGGAGAUGGAUUCAACCACGUUCACCAACAAGUCCAUCACCGCCACGAAGAAAACGAGCCGAAUCACCAAAAAGCUCAAAUGAAGACAGUUACGUUUACAUGCCACCUGAUGUUGGUCUUACAGAUUGUUUAAAAUUAAGAAAUUUCUUCGAUCCUAACACCCUUGCUGAUGAUGACGAAAUUGAUCUUGUUGUUGAUAGUAUUCAAAAUCGUUGUGCAACAGUUAAAAGAAUUGAACAUAUUGGUAUUCAUUCAAUUUUUGUUUAUUUAAAAUUUUCAUCAAACGAAGCUGCUGCUCAAGGCUUUCAUUUACUUAGCAAUUGGAAAUAUCAUGGCCGAGAAAUUAUUGCUAAAUACCUUCGCUUAGAACGAUAUUACGAACAUUUUCCUGAAGCACGUGAUAGCGGCUCGACAAAUAAUUAA